AUGCGCUUUCUGACCCUCGUUCAUCUUUUACUCCACGGCACCUGGCUUUCGCAAGCCGGGACAUUCGAAAGAACACAGUAUGGCCACCAGGCUGGCUCCUUGGCUGGGGCGGCCCACCAGAAAACGUUGAUACCCAACAUAAAAGACGGAAAUGCGACGGGAACAUGGAGAUCCGGCAUGCCACCAAUCCUGCGCGACAUGUUGGAUGCCCUAGAAGUCAUGCAAGAUACAUAUUUUGACAUUUUUACUGGAACAUGGCCGGACGCUAUCGAUUGGACGUCGGCGGUCAUGGGAACGCAUGUGUCGGCGACUCUUGCCAGCAUUGUUUCUUCCCUUGAUGCAUCAUCCACCUCUACCUGCUUCGACAUGUUGUCGUGGCAAAAUACCAUCGAUCGAUACUAUGCACAUACGUCUGUCUUUUACUUUGGCGAGAAUGCGUUCGCAGUGCGAAACCAAGCUUACGACGAUAUGCUCUGGGUGGUUCUCGGCUGGCUCGAGAACCUGAAAUUUGCAGAAAUGUACUCUUUAAGACAUUGGGAUUUUGUCGAAUCUGGGAGGCAGACUUCUUCGGGAAGUGGCUGGCAAGGAUUACAAUUCAGCCCUAUGGCCGCUCACCGGGCUCGUAUCUUUUACGAUCUCGCCUCGGCUGGCUGGGAUGAGUCUCUUUGCCAUGGGGGCAUGAACUGGAAUCCAUAUUUGACCCCGUACAAGAACGCCAUCACCAACGAACUCUUUGCCGCCGCCAGCAUUGGAAUGUAUCUCUAUUUUCCUGGCGACAACAAUACUUCACCAUAUAUGACGCAAGGCGGACAAGGAUUCGUCAAGCCUCAUGACCCGGCAUAUUUGGAAAAUGCGAUCAAGAGCUAUAAAUGGCUCAUGGAGAGUCAGAUGCGGAACUUUGUAACCGGCCUCUACCAGGACGGCUUCCAUAUCACGGGGUGGCAUAAAUAUCCGAAUGGAACCAUCAAUCCAGGCACCAAGAAUUGCGACGAACUCAAUCCUAUGGUGUAUACCUACAAUCAAGGCGUUAUCCUGUCCGCCAGCCGCGGCCUUUGGCUGGCCACCGGAGCCAGAAGUUACCUCGAUGAAGGCCAUGUCUUGGUGGAAAGUGUUGUACGGGCGACUGGGUGGCCAAACUCGGAACACGCCUGGAGCGGUAUGGGGCGGGCCGGAGUGAUGGAAGAGUUCUGCGACCACAGCGGGUAUUGCAGUCAAGAUGGACAAACAUUUAAAGGUAUCUUCUUUCACCAUCUCUCGGAGUUUUGUCGGCCUCUGUGGCCGCAGGAAGAGGCAUUCACCACCACCGACAAACGUGCAGAAUUCGACCGAGAUGUUUAUGAGUACCAUCUCGCCCGCUGUGCGGCGUAUGACAAAUGGGUUGCUCACAACUCAGACGCUGCUUCAGCCACGAGAGAUUCUGAUGGCCAUUUUGGCAUGUGGUGGACGUUUGGAGAACCAGACGACGAGAUGAUGACCGAGAUCCGCGAGCGUACCACUCUCCCAAUUGGGGCUGAUGACCACCUCAACCCAAAACCGAGUGAUUGGUCUAGUCAACCUAUUUCCCCCGACGAUAGCAAUGACCGAGGCCGGGGCCGAACAGUGGAGACUCAAAGUGGAGGACUAGCAGUUCUGCGAGCGAGAUGGAAUUGGGAAGCCCAUUUGAGGCAGAUCUCUGCACGAAAGACAUGA